AUGGCCUCGUCGGCACGAAACGCCCUGCGGCUCUCCCGCGCCGCCGCCCCCCGUCGCGCCAUCAAGGCCACCACCCCGUCCCGCUUCCUCUCCGCCACGUCCGCCCUGCGCGUCUCCGACACGCAUACCAACAAGCGCGAGGUCAAGUUCACCGUCUUCGGCGCCAGCGGCCAGAGCGACAGGCAUACCCUCCAGGUCCCCGAGGCCGCGCCCCGGCUCCCCGCCGAUAGCCCCGAUGCCCCCGUCGAGCCCCUGAGCAGCAAGGUCUACGCCUCCAUGCCACACACGAUGCGCAACAUGACCGUCUUUGGCAAGACCAUCCUCGUCACCGGCGGUGCUCGUGGCCUCGGCAACCACAUGGCUCGUGCCUGUGCCGAGGCUGGCGCAAAGAACAUUAUCCUCUUCGACGUCAACCAGGAACUCGGUGACAAGGCCGCCGCCGAGCUUCAUGACAAGUCGGGUCUGCCCGUCACCUUCUACCGCGUCGACGUGCGUGACGGCAACGCCAUCAACGCCGCCGUCGAGUCCGUCACCGAGCAAUUUGGCGCCCCCGACGUUCUCGUCAACGCCGCCGGCAUCGCAGACUCCAACAUCAAGGCCGAGGACUACGACGAGCAAAUGUUCCGCCGCCUUAUCGACAUCAACCUCACCGGAACCUUCCUCAUGUCCAAGGCCGUCGGCCGCGCCAUGAUGGACGCCAAGAAGCCUGGCAGCAUCGUCCUCGUCGCCUCCAUGUCCGGCUCCGUCGUCAACUAUCCGCAGGAGCAGAGUUGCUACAACGCCUCGAAGGCCGGCGUCAUCCAGUUUGCAAAGUCAAUUGCCUCCGAGUGGGCCAAGUACAAGAUCCGCGUCAACUGCAUCUCCCCCGGCUACAUGGACACGGCUCUCAACCGCGUCCCCGCCCUCGAGGCCCAGAAGAAGAUCUGGAGGUCUCUCACCCCGCAGGACCGCCUCGGCGACGUCGACGAGCUCAACGGCCUCUGCGUCUUCCUCGCCUCCGACUCCUCCAGCUUCAUGACGGGCGCAAACGUCCUCAUCGACGGCGGCUACUCGUGCUACUAG